AUGGUCGUAGCUUAUCUGCCCCAGACUGAAAUCGAGGGCGAUCAUGCUCAUCUCGAGCCUGCCAUUCCUCCAUUUGCGGGGUGUCUGGGUGGAAACCAGGACUUCAUCGUCGACUGCAAUGACCCCAAGAAUGUCGAGGUCUUGGAAAAGGUGCCCGAUGCUGCACCGUGCAUGACGUUGGCCGAGAUCUUUGACAUGCGGGGAUGUUCCAGUCCAGAUCUAUGGAAAUUCGCCAUGCUAGAAUGUAUCGCCAGUUUGAUGAAUGUCUUCAUCUCGGCCUGGGUGACUACACACCCGCUCUCCAGGACGACCUCCCCCAAGACCGAGGCGGGAAUCUACCAUACCAUCACCUUCAUCUCCCCACUAUUCGGCGGCAUCACCAAUCUCCUCUUGACCCCUCUCCUGAUCUACACCUUCUCCCCCUCGAGUGGAGGUCACACUCUCGGCGGUGCACUUGCUGGUUUUAUGCUGCACAGUGCCUAUGGCACUCGGAAGUUCACAGUGGGAGGAUGCCAUAUUGAUACCUCGAUGGUGCCUGCCACGGAUGGCCUGGUCAUCGAGUUUGUUGCAUGCCUGGUUCUGAUUUUCCUGGCAUUCGGAGUCGCUCUCGAUCCCCGACAAGGCAAAGUCUUUGGUCCUGCGACAGGUCCCUGGUUUGUUGGCGUGGUCCUCGGCGUAGUCAGCUGGGGAACCGCCUUCACUCGCGAGGGAUAUAUUGGCGCGAGCUUAAAUCCCGCACGGUGCUUCGGAGUUUAUGCGACGUCAGAAUUUCCCACUUAUCAUUGCAUCCACUGGGUGAGUGACUUCGCAGAGCCUCCGCGGUUCGUCCUUAUCAAAGGCCCUGCUAACUUGACGCAGGUUGGACCAUUGACGGCUUCUAUCGGACACGGCCUGGUCUACUAUAUUGACCCACUUUGGACCGAGACGCGGAGUUCGCCGUAA